UGCGGUGAGUGGAACAUGCCCUUCCACAAGAUGGUCGGCUUGGCUUCCGCUCUUCGCUUCAGUGCAGGAGCUGGCAACGCGGUAUUGGACGCCCGGGGAGCGCUUCCGGUGACGUGGAAGUGGCUGUGCCGGUUUGGAGAGGGAAUGAUGGCUGCUUCCCGAUGCACCUUGCUGCUGCUGGCCGCCUUGUGUGUGUUGCUGGGCCCUGGGGCACUUGCCGGUCCCCGCACGCUGGUUCUGCUGGAGAAUAUUAACAUCAGAGACACCCAUUCAUUAUUCUUCCGCAGCCUGACCGACAGGGGAUUUGACCUUUCCUUCAGGACGGCUGACGACCCCAGCCUGUCGCUUAUCAAGUAUGGCGAGUUUCUGUACGACAACCUGAUUCUGUUCUCGCCCUCAGUGGAAGAUUUUGGAGGGAACAUCAACGUUGAGACGAUCAGCUCGUUCAUUGACGGCGGCGGGAGUGUUCUGGUGGCGGCGAGCUCCGAUAUUGGGGACCCGUUGCGGGAACUGGGCAGCGAAUGCGGCAUCGAGUUUGAUGAAGAAAGAACCUCUGUGAUUGAUCAUCACAACUACGACAUCUCUGAUCCCGGCCAGCACACUCUCAUCGUGGCUGAUCCAGAAAACCUCUUGAAAGCCCCAACCAUUGUAGGGAAAUCGGCACUGAACCCCAUCCUGUUCCGCGGUGUUGGAAUGGUGGCAGAUCCUGAUAACCCUCUUGUACUGGACAUUCUCACCGGCUCUUCCACAUCCUACUCAUUUUUCCCUGAUAAACCCAUCACUCAGUACCCGCACGCUGUGGGAAAGAACACUCUGCUGAUCGCAGGAUUGCAGGCCAGAAAUAACGCCCGUGUUGUGUUCAGUGGAUCCUUGGAUUUCUUCAGCGACGCUUUCUUUAACUCAGCUGUGCAGAAAGCUAGUGCCGGCUCUACCAGGUACCCAAAGACUGGGAACUACGAGCUGGCUGUAGCGCUGUCCCGCUGGGUGUUUAAAGAGGAGGGUGUCCUGAGAGUGGGUGCUGUGUCCCAUCACCGCGUGGGGGAAUCCACGCCUCCCAGCGCUUACACGAUCACUGACCUUGUGGAAUACAGCAUAGUGAUUGAGAAGCUCUCAGAAGGAAAGUGGGUCCCCUUUGAUGGAGAUGAUAUUCAGUUAGAGUUUGUUCGCAUUGAUCCGUUCGUUCGGACUUUCCUGAAGAAGAACGGUGGCAAGUACAGCGUUGAGUUCAAACUCCCUGAUGUGUACGGCGUGUUCCAGUUCAAGGUGGAUUAUAACAGGCUUGGAUACACUCACCUGUACUCCGCCACCCAGGUGUCUGUCCGUCCGCUCCAGCACACGCAGUACGAGAGGUUCAUCCCUUCCGCCUUCCCUUACUACGCCAGCGCUUUCUCCAUGAUGGCCGGACUCUUCGUAUUCAGCAUAGUUUUCUUACACAUGAAAGAGAAGGAGAAAUCUGAUUGAGAAGGACUUUCCUCACCGCUGGCUUUGGUCAGCUCACCAAGCCGCGGCAGAGAUGGGGCUGGGAGGGGGAACCGGAAACAUCAGUGAUUUUGGGGAAGGUUUUGUAAAAUCUGUAUAAUUUGUGUCCAUUUCUGUUUGGGGGGGGAGCCUGGCUGUCAGUGUGCUCUUUGUGUUCUGUGCUGUGCCCUUGGAGAUUAUUUUUGACCAUUUGUAAUAAACACACGCGAGUUUCCCCA